GUCAGCGCGCAGCGGCGGUGCAGUGACGCGCGGCGAUUGGGUGAGCGCGGUGCUAAACUGUGUUGUACAGUGAAAAGCCAAGAUACCGACAACAAAAACAACAGCUGCGGCCGCAUGGGGUAAACUAAAGACACAUUCGCACUUUUCAGGACCACGCGAUACACAUUUCGGAUGCCACUAUGGAAGCACACUUCACCAUUUCCGACAGCGAGUCAGAGCCAUCGGAGGAGGUAGAGGAAGGGGAAAAUAACAAAUCAUCAAUCGCAGAAGAGCAGAAGGUUGUUCAUCGCCACACCCUCAACCUGCCUGAGCUCAGAAUGGCAGUUUGUCUCUCCUGUGUAGGGACCGGUCGAAUCAGGCUGAACUCAGAGUCCCACGCUUACACGGUCUCCAGAGACGAGGAGCUCCAGGCAAGGGGGGAAGACUUGGCUGGUACGCCCACUGAGGGAGCUCCAUUCAGGGGACGGUCCAAAUCAGCUCCUCCUGUCUUGUGGGCAGCCAAGAAAUAUGGCCAGCAGCUCCGAAGGAUGAGCGAUGAGUUUGACAGCCUGCUUGAUAGAGGGGAAAUGAAGAGGGUGAGGAGUGCUGGGAACGCUAAACAGAUGCACCACUCUAAAAGCUGGUGGAGCUACCUCUUUAGUCACCAGGAGAUCGAGGGAGAGAACAGCCACCACGAAAACCACACACACCGCACUGAGUAGGCACCAGGAGAGGAGAAGGGAGUGCUACAGGGUUUGAGAAACGGAGGAGUCGAUGGGAUGAGCAGAAAGCAUUGCGGAAGCCAAGAGAACAAAUGUGACGAGAGCAAUGAGAGCUCCACUGAGAAGCGACGGAAGAAAGGUUGGUUUUGAACAAAAAGAUAAAGAUCCAAACAAAAAAGGCAUGGCCAAGUGGACGGCUGAGUGUCCCGUCCUAGUCACGUCAUUUUUAUAUAUCAUUGGUAACUACAUUUAAAUUUUAAAAUUGUAUUUGUGUUGGUUGUGAUGUUAAUGGUAUUGUUGGGUGACGCACUGUGAAAGUCAGUCAGGCAUAAGGAUAACCCUACAGAAUGAAGAAAAUGAUGGGCCAGAGAGGAGAGAUGAUCUCUUGAAAACAGAAGAAGAAAGACGAGCAUAUAAGUGGAUUUGAAGUGUGAAAGUUAAAAGAUGCUCACCAUGUCAGUCGCCUCUCCUGUCAGCACUAUGCAAUGUACUGUAGAUGGAGAGAUAGAUGUACUGAAAUCACUCAAAACACCCGAGGCCACCUUGAAUGCUGUUAGAUUUUCCUUCCUUGUUUUCUUAAGAAAAUCACUGAUGCCAGUGUGAAACACAAGCUAAUGGAGAUCACUGUAAUUGUGUGCCAAACUGAUCCGCAGGCAACAACGGAAGGGGUAUAAAAAGGAAGGAUUUUUUAAAGUGUUCAAAUUGGGCCUUCAUUCAGCUUCCUGUUCUGCUACCUGCAAGCCAGUACUAUUUCUAACAGCUCUACUCGACUAUCAUUAACUGCUUUAUAUCUCAAAUUUAUAAAGACAAGAACAAUCUUAAUGUACAAGGACAAUCUGCAGAAAUAAUAUCUUUUGUAAAACUUCAGGAUUAGAUUAUAGCCGAAGAAAAUCACAUUAAACGUACAUAUAAAAGCACAAACCAAUAUGAAUCUAUCUUUUUAAAGCCUUGGAUGGGCAAAAAAAAAACAAAAAACAGACUUUGAAAUUUUUAUAUGUAAAUAUUUUGUUAAUAUUUUAUCAAAUGACGGGGACAGUCGGUGGUUAAGCGAGAUAUUUAGCCAGAAGUUCCUAUUUUAUGAAGUUACCGUGCUCUUUGAUAAGUUUGGCCACCCUAGCAAUAGGCAGUGAACAAUCCAUGGCUGUUGUGGUAAAUGUAAUGUGCGUGUUUAAAGAUGUGGGUGGGGAUGAAUUAACUGCUGUACAGGGAGACAACACGCUAGCCUUUGGCCCCAUUUGCUCAGUAGCCAGUGCAUAUAGAAGAUCGAUUUAGCGAGUCUUGUCACAUUUAAACACAGGUGUAAGGGAUUUAAACCUUAUUUUCCCCAACUAUUUGCAACGUUUUGGUUUUUUAGGAAAAUCAGUUUCCAGUCCUGUUGGAUAUUUAUAAUUUAUAAAAGGUCUAGGUGUACUGAUCUGAUGCCAGAUUUGUUAUGUAUGUAUUAUAUUCAGGCUUUUUAGGAUUACUUGGCUCUUACUACACAGAAUAUGACCUUUUUAUGGAAGUAAUUACUCUUCAUAUUAGUGAUUCUAAAGUAAGAUCAGCACCUCUACAUGGCUUGGUAAAUAUGAUUAGGCUAUUUGAGACUUGUUGAUCCAUACGUGAUUAAUGAAAAUGGUAAUAGGCUUGUUCUACGUGUGUCUUAUUCUCUUCCUCUUCGACUUGUAGGGUUGAGUUGUGAAGUGCUCGGGUGUGCAGGCUAAGGGGCUGCGUUUGUUUUGUCUUUGAACUGAAACCUUUUCUUAAACGUGGCUGUAGACAAUUUUUAAAUCAGAGAAUUCUCGACAAUCUAGAAAGGCACCACCCUUUUUCAAGCUUCAUCCAACUCUGCCGUGUGUUUAGCACCAUAUGCAUCACCCUGACUGUGUUAAGAUGAACUUAUAGAAACAUUGAUGACCCUUUUUAAAAUGAAUUGGUAUCUGGUAUAAAGCUCCCAACACAUUUAAUACUGUUAGACUCAGUGGGGACAUUUAAACGACUUACUCCUUAAAAAAAAAAAAGAAGUAACGCCAACAUUGUAUGGUAUCAGAUUUCUCA